UGGUUAGCGCAGCGGUGGCGGGGCUUUGUGAAGUUUACUGUGCACUGUUAGCUGAAGUUUACUGAUGUUUACUGAGUUGUUGUUGAGUAUGAAGAGCUGUUUGACACACGAUCGGAUACUUAAAUGACAGCGAGAGCAGAAGAAUAGACGUAAAUAAGCGAAAAUGGUGUGAAAUUGUGAUCUUGUUUUGGGUCGAUCUAUGUUUUGUCGGCUUUGCUUCAGCUAAGCUAAAGUGAAGCGCGCUGCCUGUUUACAUAUUUACCAUCAGCUGUGAGCUAGCUAGUUAGCACCGCUCAGAGGCAACUGGAUAAUGAUGAGCUCUGCACGGGAGAUUAAACAGCUACAGAAAGCAAAGAGCAAAGCGCAGAACAGCAACAACUUGAGAGAGGAAGCCAAUAUCUGCAAUCAUCUUGGGGAGCUGCUGUCCAGAAAUGGUGAUUACGAGGCCGCCAUAAGGGAGCAUCAGCAGGAGCUGGCUCUAUCAGAGGUGCUCAACGAUGUGAUUGGACGAGCUGUAGCCAAUCGAAAGAUAGGAGAGUGCUACGCAGAGAUGGGGAACAUUGAAGCUGCUUUGAAACAUCAGCGCUUUCACUUGGACCUGGCUCGCUCUGUCAGAGACCACGCUGAGGAGCAGAGGGCCCUGGCCACUAUUGGUCGAACAUACCUCUUCCGUUAUGAAUCGGACCAAUCCAGGAACAGUUUGGAGCAAGCAGAGGACGCCUUCAGGAAGAGUCUUGCCAUUGUGAAUGACCGUCUAGAAGGGACUGUGUCGGGGCGGGAGAUUAGUGAGAUGAAGGCACGUCUAUUCCUCAAUCUUGGUCUGGUCUGUGAUCAUCUGGGGGAGACGAAACAAUGCAGCGAGUUCAUCCGUCGUAGUGUCUUUAUUGCAGAGAAGGGUCAGCUGCUGGAAGAUCUGUACCGAGCAAACUUUAACCUGGGCAACAUCUACUUCCGUAACGGUCAGAAGUCUAACGCUGUGCGUUGCCUGGAACAGGCCAAAGAGUGUGCGAGGAAGAUCAAAGACAAGUUCAGCGAGAGCGAGUGCUUUCACUGCAUUGGCAAGGUGCAGUUGUCUCUGGGGGAUUUCGUAGCAGCCAGACGAUCUCUGAAGAAAGCACUCUCGCUGGGUUCGCAGCAGCCAAUGGACAGGCAGGCUGUGAAGAAAGCUUUUAAACAUGCCAACCAAGGCUGUAAACUAGAGGAGGAGUUGGGGGAUGAUCAGGGUAAAAGACUCGGUUCCCAUCAGGCCGUUGGGCUGGCAGAGCAGCUUGGGGACCUUUACUGUAAGGUCGGCUGCUACAGCAAAGCUCUGGAUGCAUAUCAAGCUCAGCUAAAGGGUGCUGAGGCAAUGGGAAAGCCUGCGAGGGAGCAGGCUGUCAUCCACGUGUCCCUGGCUGCGACCUACACAGACCUGAGACAGCAUAGCAAGGCCGUGGAGCACUACAGACAGGAGCUGGCUCUACGACAGGGCAGCUCGACUGAGGAGUGCAGCACUUGGCUGAACAUUGCAGCAGCUCAGGAGGAGAGCAGCUGUGCCUUUGAGGAUAUAAACAGCAGCUACAGUACGGCGUUACACUCCGCUCAGACAUGUGGGCCGACCAGACUGCAGAAGCGCGUGCUGAGGCUCUGGCUGGCGUUCCAGAGACGACGCGGCUCCUCGGACGCAGACGACACUGAGGCGAGGCUGCAGGAGCUUUGUGCCGCUGAGGGCUGGAGCCCAGAUGAUAGCGACGGUGAGGGUGAUGAAGAGGAGGAGAUGGACAACAGUGAACCUCUGGAUGACAGUGACGUGGUUCUCUCAGACUCAGAUGACGACAUGGAGGGUUAUGACAAGAUGGUAUCAGGGAGGAGGAAGGCAGGACGGUGGAACAAAAGGAACGAGAAGGGCGAGACGUCUCUGCACAGAGCGUGCAUAGAUGGAAACCUGAAGCAGGUCCAGUACCUGGUAGAACAGGGUCACCCAGUGAACCCAAGAGACUACUGUGGCUGGACUCCCCUUCAUGAGGCCUGCAACCACGGUCACCAUGACAUUGUGGCAGUGCUGCUGGAGCGAGGUGCCAACAUCAACGACCCUGGUGGUCCCUUAUGUGAGGGAGUGACUCCUCUCCAUGAUGCGCUCGCUUGUGGCAGUUUACAAGUGGCAAGGCUCUUGGUUGAACGAGGGGCUUCUGUCACCCAACGCAACUCCAAGGGUGACUCGGCCAUGGACACUCUGCGGUAUUGGCAGAAGACAUACAGUAGAGAGUUGGACCAGGACACCAGGCAGGAGUGCAUCGCCACAGAGAGGCUGCUGAGGAAGGCGCUCGCAGGGGGAGUGCCUGCUGCUGUGGCUCCGGCCAAGCCUUUCGAUGCCCUGCAGGACAGCCAACUGUUUGAUGCUGAGAACUCAGAGCCACUGUUGUCCUCUGGAGGGGGCUGUCCCCUCAGCCAAGACUGGCCCCAGACCAACAGGAAAUCAGAGGUUAAGGAGGGACCUGCCAGCCCAAAACGAUGGCAGAUCAAACGCCCAACACAGCGGCUCAGAGCCAGAGGAACAGAGGCCGCUGUCCUGUAUGGGAAUAAAAGCAGUUCAUCAGACGACUCUGACUCUGAAUACCGGGUCAGUCCUCUCCGUCCUGUCCGCCCUCGGCAAAGUUUCCCAGCAGCCUCGAGUCAAAAGGAAGUUCCCCCAAACAAGGAAGCCGACUCUGUCCCAACCUCGGGUCGGGAAAGUGUCAGGGAGGCUCCUCCACCGUGUGUCUUUGAACGAGACGAGUACCACAAUGCAAUUCGAGGGCUAGGCAGCGCCAAAUCCCGUCUCCAGGGUCUAACUCAGCCUCAGUUCUCCAGCACACCAGCUGUGUCAUCCAGCAACAAAGCAGCGCUGGUCCCUGAAGAGGAGUAUCUGGCCGACGACUGGCUAGAGGAUGAUUUGGAGGAAUUCCAUCCGAAGAAGAAGAGGAGGCUUCGUGUGGAGCAGAAUGGGAUGAGAGGGGAGGAUGUGGCCUUGUCUUCAGUAGGAAGAAGCCAAAACAGGCACUUUAACUCCGACACAGCCUCCAGAGUUCCUGCAGUUCCUCUCUCCUCCAGCAGGAGUCUCUCUAUGAAAAAGAACCCCUCCUUGAAGCCUCACCAGGUGAAAAUGACUCAGAUGCCGGGGAUGGUCCGGUUGGGCAGACGAGAGGUCAACAGGUCACACAGCCCUACGAUUACUGAUGAUGAGGACAUGAGAGCUGAGACACCUCCACCACCACAAAUACACAUCCAGCCUCCAGCACACACUCGCAUGGUUGCACCGAUGCCCACAUCAAUGCCGCCACCGAUCAGAAUGAGGGUCAGAGUUCAGGAAGAUGUUUUCCUCAUCCCAGUUCCUCAAAGUGAGGCAGACUCCUGCACCGUGUCCUGGCUGUGUGAGCAGGCUGCUCAGCGUUACUAUCAGAAGUGUGGACUCCUGCCCCGCCUCUCUCUGCAGAAAGAAGGGGCUCUGCUCUCCCCCCAGGACCUGCUGCUGGCUGUCCUACACACCAACGAAGAGGUUCUGGCUGAUGUUUGCUCCUGGAAUCUUCCUCCUCUCCCUGAGCGCUACAAGAAGGCCUGUCAAAGCCUGGCAGUGGAUGAGAACAAGCGCGUCACCCGGCUGUGCGAGGUGCAGGACGGGUCCUCCUCGCUGACGGUGUGCGGCCUCAGCUUGGCCCCGUCUUCCCUCAGCCCGCUCCUCCGUGCGCUCAAACUGCAGGCCAGCCUCACCGAGCUGCGCAUUUCCGGCAACCGUUUACAUGACAGCCUUCUCCCCGAGCUGGUCGCCACAACGAUCACCAUGCCACGCCUUCGGCUGCUGGACAUUUCUGCCAGUCACAUUACGGGGGAGGGGCUGGAGAAGGCGGUGAACGCUUUGAAUGGACACAGCCAUCCUGCAUUCCGUGUCACAAACCAAAGUGUGGAAGAAAAAAAAAAAAAAACUCAUCAUGUCAACCACCGGCUCUGUCACCUCUUUCUCACCAAUCCUGAGAACGACGGUCACAUGCCGGUAUUUAAAGAUCAAUUAGAAGAGUUGUCAUUUGUUCAAAUUCGCUGUCUGUGGUUAUCUCCUGUCCUGCAGUGUCUGGAGGAGCUGAACCUCAGUAUGAACCCGCUGGGUGAUGGUGUCUCUGAGUCCCUGUCCUGUCUGCUGUCCUGCUGUCCUCUGUUAGCCAAACUAUCCCUGCAGGCCUGUGGCUUCACUGCUCGCUUCCUGCAGCAGCAUCGACUGCUGCUAGCAAGUGCUCUAACAGGGACAGGCCACCUGAAAUCACUGUGUCUAUCCAAUGCACUUGGCUCCACUGGCUUUGAGCAGGUUUUGAAGACUCUGCCUCUCCACUGUCUUACACACCUGGACCUGUCUGCUGUCCGCAGGGGUCCUGCUGACGCCCCUUCACUGGAACACCUCACAAAUAUCCUCUCUCAAGAUGAGUGUUCACUGACCCACCUGAAUCUGGCAGCAAACGGGUUGACAGACAGCAGUGUAGCCACCUUGGCCAGGUGUCUUCCUUCAUGUCGGUCACUGGUGAGUCUGAAUCUGUCAGCGAACCCGUCUGUAACAUCAGCAGGACUAUACAACAUCCUGAACGCUCUCAGAGAGGCUGGUCGCCCUCUGACCCUUCUAGACAUGCAAGGCUGUCAAGUGUCCGGCCCCUGGGACAGUGAGGGUCUGGAUGGGUUGUCAGAGCUGGUCCAGGAUCUGCGUCUCUGCUCUCAGGGACUCAAUAAACUGGACCGUCAGGCCUUAAAGCAGAGCUGGGACGUCAGUCGCUCUCAUCACGGACUCUUGGUUGAUCGAAACGGGAAGUUCCUGCUCUCUGCUGCGGCCUCCUCGUGAAGACAGGAAAAUAAAAACGAGCUCCAGAUAACAGCAGGACUCCCAUAUCUGACACUGAAUUAUGAGCCAUGUGAAAUCAGAAGAUAAUAGUUUUAUAAAUGAGAACAUACACUUUUUAUUAAAGGGAUAUUAUUCGCUUUAGGAUUUGUUCAGUUGGCAGUGAACGCUUGAGGCUGCACGCUGACUCGUCAAAAAGUAGCACACACACUUGUAGAAAUCUUCUAUGUUUCUUGUGUUUGUAUACCUUAUUUAUAUAUACCUGUGUAUGUACAGUAUGUUAGCUGUGUGUUUGUGUCAGGAUGCCAUGUGUUGUCCUCAACCAGCUGAACUUUUGUAUGAUUUGAUUUAGAAAACUAUUAAAGUGACUUAACAUUU